GCCCUUUAAGGGUCGUGCAACGUCCAGUGCAGCUCGUCACUCAGUUUAAACGUCACAUGCGGAAGUAUCAACAUGGAGAACGGGAGAGAGCCUACCACGAAUUCACUUCUGAAAGAUGAGUGCUUCGCUGAUUUCCUGGCACAGGACUUUGAUGUGAAGACGUACACAGCUCAGGCUAUUCACCAUGCUGUCAUUGCUGAGCAGCUGGCCAAGCUGGCACAGGGCAUCAGUCAGCUGGACAAGGAGCUGCACAGCCAGGUUGUGGCCAGACAUGAAGACUUACUGUCUCAGGCAACUGGGAUAGAGUCCCUUGAAGGGGUCCUUCAGAUGAUGCAGACAAGAAUCAGUGCUCUGCAGGCGGCUGUUGACAGGAUCAGGACGAAGAUUGUAGACCCGUACAACAAGAUUGUGGCCCGGAUCACCCAGCUUGCCAGGCUGCAGGUGGCCUGUGACCUGCUGCGGAGGAUCAUUCGUAUCUUGUACCUGAGCAAGAGGCUCCAGGGUCAGCUACAGGGGGGCAGCAGGGAGAUCACCAAGGCUGCACAGAGCCUCAAUGAACUAGACUAUCUGUCACAAGGUGUGGAUCUGAGCGGCAUUGAGGUGAUUGAGAAUGACUUGCUGCUGAUCAGCAGAGCCAGGCUGGAGGUAGAGAACCAGGCCAAGAGACUGCUGGAGCAGGGCAUGGAGAUCCAGAAUCCGACCCAGGUUGGCACGGCCCUCCAGGUCUUCUAUAACCUGGGCAGUCUACGAGAGACCAUCAGUUCUGUAGUGGGGGGCUACAAGACCACCAUACAGGACAACAUCACUAGUGCUCUGGACAUCAAGGGCCUGACACAGCCCACCAACCCUAGAGGUGCACCAGGCAGAGCAGUGCUGCCGACACCUGGCAACACAGCAGCUUUCCGUGCUGCUCUGUGGACCAACCUGGAGAAACUGAUGGACCAGAUAUGUGCUGCGUGCAAACAGGUGCAACAUUUGCAGAAGGUCCUGAUGAAGAAGAGAGACCCUGUAACUCAUGUGUGCUUCAUCGAUGAGAUCAUCAAGGAUGGUCAGCCUGAUAUCCUCUACACCUUCUGGAAUGAUGUAACCAAGACACUUAGUGAGGAGUUUCACAGAGCAACUGAAGCUUCGUCCUUCCUAAAGCAGGCGUUUGAAGGAGAGUUUCCUAAGCUGUUGCGACUGUACAACGAGCUGUGGCGCCGCCUGCAGCAGUACAGCGCCAGCCUCCAGGGGGCGCUAACAAGCAGCGGAGGAAUGGACGCGUCUCUGGACAUCACCACCACAGACACAGACAGUCAGGACCUCUUCACACAUGGGAAACAGGACUACAACCCAGAGAAGGCUCUGAAGGACUCUCUGCAGCCAUACGAGGCAGCCUACCUCUCCAAGUCCCUGUCUCGCCUGUUUGAUCCCAUCAACCUGGUGUUCCCUAUGGGCGGCCGCAACCCGCCCUCCAACGAUGAGCUGGACAGCAUCAUCAAGACCAUCAGCAGUGAGCUGAAUGUAGCCUCAGUAGAUCCCAACCUGUCUCUGGCUGUGUCCAAGAAUGCUGCCAAGACCAUCCAACUCUUCUGUGUCAAGUCUGAACAGCUGCUGUGCACUCAGGGUGAAGCCAGUCAGGUGAUUGGUCCAUUGACAGAGGGCCAGAGGAGGAACGUUGCUGUGGUCAACUCCCUCUACCGUCUGCAGCAGGCUGUCACCAAGAUGAUUUCAGGAUUGGGGUCGUGUCCGCCAGCUGCGGCAGAGGCCAUCUCUUCUUCUUUGGAGGCAGUGCAGGUCCUGAUGAGCAGUGCAGUGCAGCCUCUUCUGCAGUCAGUGAGUGACUCCAUAGAGGCCAUCAUCAUCACGCUACACCAAGAAGACUUUUCAGGGCCUCUGUCCUGCCCUGAUAAGCCAGAUGUUCCGUGCUCCCUCUACAUGAAGGAGCUGCAGGGCUUCAUCUCCAGAGUGAUGGCCGACUACUUCAGACACUUCCAGUGUGUGGACUUCAUCUACGAGAGCACCGAGUCCAUCGCUCGGAGGGCCAUCGAGCUGUUCGUCCGCCACACCAGCCUGCUGCGCCCGCUGGGAGAGGGCGGCAAGAUGAGGCUGGCGGCUGACUUUGCCCAGAUGGAGCUGGCAGUGGCUCCUCUGUGCAGGAGAGUGUCUGAUUUGGGGAAACCUUACAGGAUGCUGCGCUCCUUCAGGCCACUGCUGUUUCAGACCAGCGAGCUGGUAGCCAGCAGUCCUGCUGUGGGGGACCUGAUCCCCUACAGCACCCUGCUGCACUUCUUCUUUACCAGAGCCCCCCCGGAGCUCAAGUCUCCUCACCAGAGAGCCGAGUGGUCCAUCGCCCGUUACUCCCAGUGGCUGGAUGAUCAUCCCUCUGAGAGAGACAGGCUCACUCUCAUCAGGGGUGCUCUGGAGGCCUAUGUGCAGUCAGUGAGGUCUCGGCAGGGGAAGGAGUUUGCUCCCAUCUAUCCCAUCAUGCUCCAGCUGUUACAGAGAGCCACCAGCGGCUCACAGGAGGUCCGAGGCUGAGGAGCUGUCUGACAGAACAGCAAGUAGCAUGUUAGACGCUAUGUGAAGGCAGAGGAUGUUGGAAUCAGGUUCAACUCCAUAGUUCAUCAUGCCUCCUUUAUUAUUUAUGACUAUAGCAGCUAUAUUCCAGCUAAAAAGUGAUUAUUUUUACUUUUACAAUUCUGACUAAAUCAAGGGACUUUGUUCUGGAGGACACACGGAGAUUUGAUACGGAAGUUGUUUUCUAAUUCUAAAGGACAGUCAUUUAUCUUGAGUAACCAAAACUGAAUAUUAUAAAACUUGUUCAUUAUAACAGAACUACCAAACUGUAGUUUAAGAAUUAUUGAAAUUUUACAUCUGUAAAAAUGACCAAGCUGGUAUGAUCUCUGUGAGCUGGGACUCGAUCAAAGACUGUUUGCUGUUAGUUUAAAGGCUUUGUGAACCUCACAGGGAUAAAUAUGGCUAUCUUUUCCAAGAACUGUAAAAAACAUUUCUAUUGUCCAGUGAUUUUAACUCAGCUUUCUCCAGAUGCUGCUGUACACAUGUAAGUGACUCAUGUGUAUAUACACAAGUUAUGUUUAGUUCAUCAAUGACUCUUGAGAAUAAAUGGGGAGAUGUU